AAAAACCAGCGCGCACACGCUCGCCUCUCACAUUAUUUCAUUUAUAUCUGCGUACCACAGGUCAUAACCGCUCAUCAAAAUGACCAAAUUCACUCUGUAUUACUUCGAUGGUCGCGGCCGUGCAGAGGUAAUCCGACUGCUGUUUGCUCUUUCCGAUAAGAAGUUCGAAGAUAUCCGCAUAGCAUUUGAUAAAUGGCCAGAACACAAACAAAAUGCCCCUGGCGGAACAUUGCCUUAUCUGGAAAUCGACGGUAAAAAGUAUGGACAGAGUUCGUCUCUAGGCAGAUACCUUGCCAGAGAAUGGGGUUUUUAUGGGAAGACUUCUCUAGACCAACUUAAUAUUGACGAAAUUGUGGACGACAUAGCAGACUACCGGACAGGCGCAGUGAAGGUGAUGUUUGAGAAAGAUGACGCCAAAAAGGCUGAGCUCUUGAAAACCCAUACAGAAAAAACAAUACCAGAGUUCGUGACGAAAAUGGAGAAAAAAGUAUCUGCCAACAAGUCAGGUUUUCUUGCAGGUUCUGCGUGCUCCCUCGCAGAUCUGGCAUUGUUUGAUAUCAUGGAUGGAAUGUCUAUGAAGUACGAUAAUGUCUUUGCUUCGGGGCCAAAGGUCAAGGCACACAUGGAAAAGAUCGCGGCUUUGCCCAAGAUAAAGGCGUAUCUGGCAAAACGACCAAAAACUGACUUUUGAAGGUCGAGUGAAGGAACAGUUAACUGCGUGUAGAUAAAUAAAAAUGAUAUUAUUCGUUAAAUGGCAUGUCUUAUUCCUGCUUGACUAAGCUGUAAUGUGUUAUUCGUUAAAUGGCAUGUCUUAUUCCUGCUUGACUAAGCUGUAAUGUGUUAUUCGUUAAAUGGCAUGUCUUAUUCCUGCUUGACUAAGCUGUAAUGUGUUAUUCGUUAAAUGGCAUGUCUUAUUCCUGCUUGACUAAGCUGUAAUGUGUUAUUCGUUAAAUGGCAUGUCUUAUUCCUGCUUGACUAAGCUGUAAUGUGUUAUUCGUUAAAUGGCAUGUCUUAUUCCUGCUUGACUAAGCUGUAAUGUGUUAUUCGUUAAAUGGCAUGUCUUAUUCCUGCUUGACUAAGCUGUAAUGUGUUAUUCGUUAAAUGGCAUGUCUUAUUCCUGCUUGACUAAGCUGUAAUGUGUUAUUCGUUAAAUGGCAUGUCUUAUUCCUGCUUGACUAAGCUGUAAUGUGUUAUUCGUUAAAUGGCAUGUCUUAUUCCUGCUUGACUAAGCUGUAAUGGUCAGUCCCUUGGGGCAGGCAUGAUAUCGUCCUUCCUAUAUUGUUUAUAUUAGUUAGUGCCAUUAGACACCAAUGAUACCAUCUCUUUAAACGUCAGUUUAACAUUGAGUCUAUGUUCGAAUGGAAAAAGAGCAGAGGUAUUAAAAUACUAAAACACGU